CUUUAAAUUAGCUUCUCCUCAUCCCUCCUUAUUUGAAGCAAUUAAGAUAAUUGGAAGCAAAGCAAGCUAUGAAGAUUGACGACGACGUUGUUGAUCAGAAGAGGAAGUAUGCGCUGCUUCUCGCAGCGAGGGAUUCUGAUUACGUGCGAAUGAAGUAUGGUGGUUACUUCAAUGUCUUCGUUGGUGUGUUUGGGAGUGAAGGGGAGGUUUGGGAUCUUUUUCGUGUUGUUGAUGGAGAGUUUCCUGAAGACGAAGAACUGAACAAGUAUGAUGGUUUUAUUGUGAGUGGCAGCCCUUAUGAUGCGUAUGGAGAUGAUAUAUGGAUACUCAGGCUUUGUCUCCUGUUGCGAACGUUGGAUUUUAUGAAGAAGAAAGUUAUUGGAGUAUGUUUUGGCCAUCAGGUUCUCUGUCGAGCUUUGGGAGGCCAUGUUGGUAAGGCUCUUGGAGGAUGGGAAGUUGGCAUCAAACAAGUCACCUUUGUUGAUGACUUUCUGCAAUAUUGUCCAUUUAUGCAAGACUUUCACCAUAUACCUCACCAUGCUUCUAUCAUAGAGUGCCAUCAGGAUGAGGUAUGGGAGCCUCCAAUUGAUGCUAAGGUGAUUGCUUAUUCAGAGAAAACAGCAGUGGAGGCAUUCUGCAUUGAUGAUCAUAUUCUGGGAAUUCAAGGGCAUCCAGAGUACACAAAAGACAUCUUAGAUAAUCUUAUCGGUCGUCUUGUUGACAAUAAUUCCAUUGAUAUGGAUUUUGCUGAGGAGGCGAGGAAGAAAAUGGAGCUAGUUGAGCCAGACAGGAAGUUUUGGGAGGAGAUGUGCAGGAAUUUUUUGAAAGGGAGGAAAGAAAGGCAUUCACUAUUGCUUUGCUAACAAAAGAUGUUCAAGCAUUGAAGAUCUACUGCAUUUAUGGGACUUCUUAUAGAUAAUUUUCAAACUUUUUUUUUCUGUUUUUUCUUUGGUUCAUUUGAUUGAAUAUCAGAUGUAAUCAAAACUUUA